AUGAUGAUGUUCGAAGUGGGCAGCAUCGGCGGCACGAAAAUGGACGCGGCCGCCGCGCUGCGACAGGCGCCGCACAUGCGCCAACAUUACAGCGUUAAAAAUCAAAUGAUGCGGUUUCUGAGACGGUCGAAAUCCGCCGCGAAUCCGCCUACGGAGAAAAUGACGCCUAAGCAUUCGCAUAAUAAUGGACAUCAUUAUAGGCAUAAUCAUGUAGUGCAUCCUCAGGCUAGGGUGGUGAACCAGGUGGAGGGGUUGCCCUUCGUUGUGGGUAAUAAGACCAAGAAGAAUACUGCACAUGUAGCUUUAAGGUAA